AUGCAAAGUGCAAGCCUCUUAGUGAAGUGUACAAAACAGUUUCAAAAUGUAAUGAUCAGUGUCAUUACAGAGGUGUCUGUAAUAACGUUGGAAACUGUCACUGCGAAAAUGGUUUUGGUGGUAUCGCUUGUGAAAUACCUGGUUUUGGUGGUUCUGUUAACAGUAAUCCUUCCAACACGAGCAGAGGUUCGAAAGGCACCACCUCCACCUGGUGGAAGAAGGCAUUUGAAAAGGGAAAGCUUGAGUGCGAUGUGGGGCGAUGGUGUAUUGAACUAUUCAGUAAACGAACGACCUCCAUCUUUCAUGCCGCCAGCGAUUCCUCUCGUGAGCAUCAACCCUAGUUCUCCUCAGGCGAGAAGUUCUGACCACCUUCUGACACAUGUUUCUGUCUCAUCACCUUCUUCAAAACUCAAGGCUACGUUCACUAGAGUGCCCUCUAUGCGGCCGAAGGAACCUCCUCCGGUUGUACCAUCUCGUCCACGUGAAUCACGAAUUGCUGAGCUUUACAGAGAAAGAGGAGCAGAAAUGGGGAUUUUGAGCCCGGUUCCUGUUGAUUUUGCGUCUAGGGAUCUUCCGUCUCCACCUGCAAACGAGGAGGGAGUUUCUAUGAAGAAAGAUGCUGUACGUCCAGUCCAGCCGCCACCACUUCCUCCAUCCAAGCACCUGAAACCGAGCCUAAAUUUGGAGAAUGUAGAUCGACCUCCGUUACCACAGAAGCCUCCAAAAGUUCUCGGCAGGACUGAAACAGGCGUCGAUGUCCGCGAACUAGCUGCGAAGUUCGAUGCAAAGCUACAUAGUAAAAUGUUUUCACAGCUGCUACCGCUCACAUUCUGUCAGUUGAGCAUAAUGGCUGGUUAUAUCGCUGUGACUCAAUUCAUCUAA